AGCAAGAGCCGGUUGUAACUUUCAACACGUUAUGGUGUUUUGUAUGAUAGAAAUUUGCAAGCUACAGGUAAAUCUGCAGUGCUUUGCCGUUGUUCCUUAAAGGCAAGACAUCCUGUCCUACACUGUGCAUCUGAAUUCAUGGGAAAUGUCUAGGAGGGAGGAAGCGCCCCUCAACACCUUGAUGAUGGUCCAGUUGAUAGCCACACCUUCAAAUGCCCUUGUGGAUGAGCCGGUGUCCAUUCGAGCAACCGGACUGCCUCCAUCGCAUAUAGUGACCAUCAAGGCAACAGUGAAAGAUGAGAAGGACAAUGUGUUCCAAUCUAAAGCCUUCUACAAGACUAACGAGGCUGGUGAGGUGGACCUGGAGCAGACACCGGCCUUGGGCGGUGACUAUGUAGGGGUUCACCCAAUGGGCCUCUUUUUCUCUCUGAAACCCAAGAAGGCUUUCCAUAGGCUGAUCAAGAAAGAUGUGAUGAACAGCCCCCUUUGCAUCAGUUUGGACCUGUACGACUCUGUUAACUGGCUAGAAACAGUCAGGAUUCCAUCCAAGGCCAGCCAGAGAGUGCAGCGCUGGUUUGUUGGCCCUGGGGUUAAGAGGGAACAGAUUCAAGAAGGUCGGGUUCGGGGAGCCCUUUUUCUCCCUCCAGGGAAAGGUCCUUUCCCAGGAAUUAUUGAUUUGUUUGGUCUCAUUGGGGGUCUAGUUGAAUUUCGUGCCAGUCUUUUGGCUUCCCAUGGCUUUGCAGUGCUGGCAUUGGCGUAUUUUGCCUAUGAAGACCUGCCUGAGAAACUGCAAGAGGUGGACUUGGACUAUUUUGAAGAAGCUGCCAACUUCCUACUAUCUCACCCCAAGAUCCAACAGCCAGGAAUUGGUGUGAUCUCCACGAGCAAAGGAGCAGAGAUUGGGCUAGCUAUGGCCUGUUACCUGAAGCAGGUGAUUGCCACAGUCUGCAUAAAUGGGCCCACCACCAUCACAGGCUUACCACUAAGAUACCAGGAUCUGGUGGUGACACCCAUCCAACAGGCUCUGGAACGGAUUGAAGUCCAUGUUUCAGGGGCUGUAUGCUUCCGUCACACUACACAAUAUCUCCAGAAUAAGCUGUACUCACAGAAUAUACUUCCCGUCGAAAAGGCCCAGGGGAAGAUCCUCUUCAUUGUGGGAGAGAAUGAUGAAUUGUUGGAUAGCAAGUUGCAUGCACAGAGGGCCAUGAAUCAGCUCCGGAGACAUGGAAGAAGCAGUGGAAAGAUGCUGGCAUACCCUGGGGCAGGCCACCUCAUAGAGCCGCCUUAUUCUCCCCUUUGCUUUGCAUCUUGGCGACCUGUCCUGGGUCAACCCAUGUGUUUUGGAGGAGAUCUCAUGGCUCACGCAGCAGCCCAGGAACACUCCUGGAGAGAGAUCCAAAAGUUCUUCAGGAAACACCUCCUUCAAUCCAGAAGCAAACUCUAAAUAGUGUGUCCAUGCCAGAGUAAAAUGCGUUAGAGAAAAUGCUGGAAUUGUGGGGAUAAAAGCAUCAGAUAGGGAUUUCUGGGAAAGGGUAGGGAUGGGGAUCAGAAUCUCCUGGCUUUUUUACACUCACAUUAAUACCAAUUCCAUUGGAAGGAAAUGUGAUAAAUGACAAGACCAAGA